AUGAAGAUGCAGUACAAGCUUGUCGCCAUCUCCGCCCUCGCGGCCACUGCCUUUGCGCAGAAUCAGAGCGCCAGCGCCAGCCAGAGCGUGGAGGACCUCGUCUCCGUCAUCUCCGUCCUACAAACCGCCCUCCCCUCCUCCCUUAUUCAAGAAGCGCUCACCAACUCGGCCGCUGUCUCCAGCGAAAUCGCCUCCGAGUUCUCAGCCGGCUCAACGCCUGCGUGGUUCACCGCGCUCCCCUCAGACGUUCAGACAUACCUCGUGCCCGUCGCGAGCUUUCCCAACGCGACUGGCUCUGUCAUCUCCGCUGGACCAACCAACUCUGCAAACUCCACCGGUAACUCGACCACCCUCUCACGAACCUCUACUCGCGGCCCAACGACCAUCACCAGCACUGCUACGAACUCUGGAUCGGGUAGUGGUAGCAACAACGGCGCUUCGGCGACGCAGGGCGAGAGCUCAUCUUCUACCGGUGGUGCGUCGAUGCCGACGAACAUCAUGGGAUUGGGACUUGCCGGUGCUGUUGGCUUGGUCGGUGUGUUGGCCUUGUAA